AUGCUUGUCCCGGUCUUCCUCGCUGCCCUGGCCGGCACCGCCGCUGCCAUUCCCGCUCCCCAGGUUAAGGGUGAUGGCAUCACAUAUGGCAACUGGACUGUCCGUGCGGAUUGGUCUCGCUGCCCCGAUGCCAGCCUGUACGACAUCACCCUGCAAGGGCGGAUUGCUGUCACUGGCACGACCGUCGGCAGCGGCAUCGUCGACUUCAAGCUCCCCGUCGCCCCCUUUGACGCCUCGCUGGUCCUCAAGCCUGCCGGCAGCAUCGGCUUCGGCUCCCCCUACCCACCCAGGAUGGUCGACGUGGCAUUGCUCGAGACCGCCGACGCCGACGGGAACCUUGGCACGGCCACCUUCCAGCCCGAGAAGGCGGGCGCCACCAGCGUCGACGCGGUGAUCGCGCAGGUCGCCUGGUUUACCUCGCCCGAGCAGGCCUUCAUGUCCGCUUCUGAGAUCGACUUCGACACGCUGCAGGAGAACGAGACGGCGGCGAUCGGGACUUCGGUGGAUCCCAGCUUCUUGAGGGUCUAUUACUGUUCCCACCCCUCGGUCUGA